AUUUUGUGGUGUGGGGGAGGGGGAUGCAACAAGGUACGUCAAAGUAUUAGAGGUGGUGUUGCUCUUUUUUUGGGGAAAAAGCUCCAUCUUUCUAAUUUCAAAUGACUUUUUAUUUGCUAAUUGCUUCAAUUUCAAUUUUAAGAUAAUAUUUAAACAAUGAGAGUAAAAUUUAAAAUUCAGAAAAUCGGGAUCUAAUUUUACAAUAAAACAUAAUUUGUAGGGAACAAAUUUUGAGGGCCCUAGUCCCAAGUUUCGAUAUGCUACACAUCGCGCCGGCUUUAGGUUAUUUCGAGAAAAAAUAGGCAAAACAAAAUGAAUGCAAACCCAUGCGAAGUUUGCAGGUUCCAAAAUAAACAAUGCGUCAACAACUGCAUGUUUGCUCUGCUAUUUCCUUCAAGUGAUCUAGAGAAAUUUGAUGUCGUCAAUCGCAUCUUUGGACUCGAAACUUUGACAUUCUACCUCAAAGACCUUUCACCUAUGGAACGCAUAGAUACUACCCGCACACUCUAUUACGAGGCAAAACCAUGCUUUCUGAACCCACCCAAGAACCCCUCAAAAUUCCUCGAAGCUCUUCUAAAUUAUCCUUACCAAAAAGCUGAAGAGGUGUCCAAAACAAAGAAGUUGCUCGCAUCUUACUCGAGACCAUGUGUAGUAUUGGCUCUUCCUGCACCAAAAUAUACUCAGUCGAAAUCUAAACCAUCUGUUUUGCGCAAAAGAAAAAGAAAGACUAAAUCAUCGGAUGAAUCGGCCAUUCGUGUGGUUGAAGAUUCCUAGAUGGUCAUUGUUGAAGAUUUUUUUUUCUUUCUAAAAGUGAAUCUUUGGAACCAAAUAUGCUUUUAAUUUAAUUUCAAAUAAAAUAAAAUAUGCUUUUAUUUCU